AUGGCCGCCGAGGAAGCAACAAAGACGCAGAGCCAGGGAGAGUUCAUCCUCUACACAACCCUGAGGAUCAUUGGCGUGCUUGCGUCGAUCUACUUCUUCCUGAUGGGCUUGGACAUGAUGGGUAGCUCCUUCCUCGUCCUGGGAGGUAAGGGCGCAGGCGAAUUGUUCACGAUCACAGACAACCCGAUAACAGGUCUUAUGGUGGGCAUCUUGGCAACUGUCCUCGUCCAGUCCUCCUCCACGAGCACAUCAAUCGUGGUCGGCCUGGUGGGUGCGGGCCAGGUGAGCGUCGGAAAUGCGAUCCCCAUUAUCAUGGGAGCCAACAUUGGCACAUCUGUGACCAACAGCAUCGUGUCUAUGGCGCAUGCCGGCGAGCGUCUCGAACUUGAACGCGCCUUCUCUGGGGCAACUGUGCAUGACAUGUUCAACAUGCUCAGCGUCCUUGUCCUCCUGCCUGAGGAAAUCAUCCUCGGCGCAAUCACUGGAGAGGGCGGCCUUCUUUUCUACAUUUCGAAGGGCAUCGCAGAUGCAGCCAUGGGUGGCAGUGGCGGUGACAUCACCUUCACAUCCCCGACAAAGUUCAUUGUCAGCCCGGUGACAGACAUCUUUGUCGACCCGAACAAGGAUGUCACGAAGGCCCUUUCCCUGGGCCCUCCCAAGGCCACGGCCAUGCCAGCUGGAGUGACCGGCUGCCCUGCGAACAUGGACUGCACCAAUUACUUCUGCGUGUCUUCGUCCAUGAGCAAGAACUGGAAGAAGGUGGACAAGACGAACUACGCAAACCUCCAGACGUGCACCGACGUGUUCCCAACCGGGACCUUCGACUGCGGUUCGGACACUUGCUACAUGGAGGCCGAUAAGUUCUAUACGCAGUCCGUCACCAGCGGCGUUAUCAUGGAUGAAGGCCUCUUCUCCGGCAUGGGCGAUGCGGCCGGAGGCACUGUUGGCCUGAUCUUCUCGCUGAUCAUCAUCUGCGUCACGUUGUUCUGUCUUGUGAAGCUGCUCCACACCCUGAUCAUGGGCUCCGCAAAGAAGGUCAUCAUGCGUGCGACCAACAUGAAUGACUAUGUUGCCAUUCUUGUUGGACUCGGCAUUACCUUCAUCGUUCAGUCCAGCUCAGUAACCACGUCAACCUUGACCCCACUCUGCGGAGCGGGCGUCUUGCCUGUGCACAAGAUGUUGCCCAUGACCCUGGGGGCUAAUAUCGGGACUACCUUCACGUCCAUGCUUGCUGCCUUGGCCGUCAUGAAGCCGGACAGCUUGCAGAUCGCCUUUGUCCAUCUCUUCUUCAACAUCGUUGGUAUCCUGAUUUGGUUCCCGGUGCCAAUCAUGCGCAAGGUGCCUCUCAAGGCAGCCUGCCUGCUUGGCUUCUAUGCCUCCUACUGGCGCCUGGUGCCGCUCAUCUACAUCCUGGUGAUGUUCCUAGCGGUGCCAGGCCAGGUCAGUGGGUAA